AUGUGCUACCGCUGCGCCACCAACGUCGCCAAGGCCUGCCAGGCAGUCCGCCCCACGCUCCAAGUAGCACCACGUGCUCAGCUUCCUCAACAAUUCGCCCGCCUCAUCCACAACCGCCCGUUCAAGCCGUACAAGGGCACCCCCAUGACUGUGGCGCAAGCGGUUCACCACAACAAAGCCGGAAUGGCUGGUGUUGGCAGCGUGGCAGGUGCGCUGUUGAUUGCAACGGGGGCUGCCAAAUUGUUGAAGACAGUCGAGGAGAACAGCAUGACCGGGGGCAGGGACAGGAAUGGAGUGCAGGCUUAUCUGGCGAGGAGGAACGGUACACUCGUUUGA